UUCUUCUUAGUGCUCCUUCCGCCUUUGAUUUUUGAAGCCGGUUACACGUUGCAUCCGACGACGUUUUUUCAAAAUGCCGACGCGAUCUCAAUGUUUGCUUUCGUAGGAUCGCUCACGAGCGCGAUAUCGACCGGCGUGUUGAUGUACGUGGCGGGCUUACUGGGCUGGAGUUAUGAGUUUUCGUUGAAGAGCGCCAUGUUGUUUGGAGCGCUGAUUAGCUCAACCGAUCCAGUCACGACGCUUAGCAUUUUCAGCGAAUCACCGAUAUCCCCUGACGUGCACGCCAUGAUAUUGGGCGAGAGUAUUCUGAAUGACGCCGUCACCAUUGUGUAUUUUGAGUCGCUCCUGCUUGGCAUCGGCAACGCCGGCGAUGUGACGGCGCUCGAGAUGUUACAAACUGAUGACGCUUUCACCCCGCUCAUUUUACAAGCAAUCGGCACAUUCAUGCUCGCUUUUGGGCAAGCGACUGCCGUUGGUGUUGGUAUCGGGUGUUUCUCCGCCUUGCUGCACAAAUACGUCAGCACGACGAGCUAUUUCGAGGAAGGAUGGGCCGUCGACUCGACGCUCGUGCUUUUGUUCCCGUACCUGAGUUAUUCGCUCGCUGAAUCUUUUGAGCUGAGCGGAAUCGUAUCCGUUCUAUUCACGGGCAUCAUUAUGGGUCGCUACACGCGUCCAAACCUCGCGCGAGCACCGCGCAUGGUGACGAUGUGCAUUUUCAAAAUUUUCAGCUUCCUUUCGGAGACGUUCGUGUUUGUAUACAUGGGGAGCGCGAUGUACUCGUUCCGUGUCGAGCACGUAGUCACUGCGAUAGUGGGACUGGUUGCAUGCUAUGUUGGACGCGCUGUGAACAUAUUCCCCGGAUCUCUGUUACUGAACAUGUCGUCGGCGAGGAAGAAGUCGCCAAUUACACCGAAUACGCAGUAUCUCUUGUGGUUUUGCGGAUUGAGAGGAGCCGUCGCCUUUGCGCUCGCCGUCAAGGCGCAGCGUGAUCUUGGUGAACAAGGCCACGUCAUGUUUGAUGUGACACUCUUCAUCGUGGCGUUCACGAUAGUCAUCCAGGGUGGUAUGACA